AUGGCCGCGCAGUCGGACGGCGGGGUGGGCUUCGCGCAGCUGUACGACGUGGACGCGGAGGAACCGCUGGACUCCGCCGCCAUCCACAUCUGCCAGUGCUGCCGCACCUCCGCCUGCUACUGGGGCUGCCGCUCCGCCUGCCUGGGCUCGCUGCUCGGCGGGGGCCAGCCCAUCGGGGGGGCCGGCGUGCGCGAGACCCACUGCCCGCCCCGCGAGCAGCUGUGGCUGGACUGCCUGUGGAUCGUGCUGGCCCUGCUGGUCUUCUUCUGGGACGUGGGCACCGACCUGUGCCUGGCGGCGGACUACUACCAGAGGCGGGACUACCUGUGGUUCGGCCUCACGCUCUUCUUCGUGCUCGUGCCCUCGGUGCUGGUCCAGAUCCUGAGCUUCCGCUGGUUCGUGCAGGACUACACCGGCGGGGGGCUCGGGGAGGUGGAGGGGCUGACGAAGCGGGGCACGGUGGUCCUGGGGUGCCUGUACCCCGGGAAGGACCGCCUGCAGCUGGUCUCCAUCUGGCUGUGGCAGGCCGCCAUCCACGUCCUGCAGCUGGGCCAGGUGUGGAGGUACAUCAGGACGCUGUACCUGGGCGUCAUGUCGCGCCGACAGAAGGAGCACCAGCGGCGCUGGUACUGGGCCAUGAUGUGCGAGUACGCGGACGUCAACAUGCUGCGCCUGCUGGAGACGUUCCUGGAGUCCGCGCCUCAGCUGGUCCUGCAGCUCUGCAUCAUGAUUCAGGAGAACCGGGCCGAGACGCUGCAGUGCGUUUCGUCCCUGGCCUCCCUUCUUUCUCUCGCCUGGGUUCUGGCCUCCUACCACAAGCUAUUGCGUGACUCUCGGGACGACCAGCGCAGUAUGAGCUACCGCGGGGCGCUGUUGCACCUCUUCUGGCGCCUCUUCACCAUCUCUUCCCGUGUCCUCUCCCUCGCCCUCUUCGCCUCCCUCUUCCACAUCUACUUCGGCAUCUUUGUGGUGGUCCACUGGUGCGCCAUGGCCUUCUGGGUGGUGCACGGAGGCACCGACUUCUGUAUGUCCAAGUGGGAAGAGGUGCUCUUCAACAUGGUGGUUGGGAUCGUCUACAUCUUCUGUUGGUUUAAUGUGAAGGAGGGGCGGACGCGUCAUCGAAUGAUAGCGUAUUACACCGUGGUGUUGGCUGAAAACUCCAUCCUCACUGGCCUGUGGUACGCUUAUCGCGAUCCGGCGCUGACCGACUCGUACGCCGUCCCUGCCCUGUGCGGCGUCUACCUGACGUUUGCCAGCGGCGUCCUGGUCAUGCUUCUGUACUACGGUUUCCUGCACCCCGCUACAGCCCACCUCCAGCCGAGCCCCGCCUCGUCCUGUUGCGCCCAGCUGCUCUGGGGCCUCCCGCUCCCCCCUUCGGCCCCGCCCACUGCCCCGCCCACCCCAGCCCAUAUGACCAAGUCGCAGACGGAGGAGGACGUGGCCGAGUCGUGUCUUCCAGUCUUCCAGGUGAGGUCCGCUCCCCCCACCUCCAAGCCCGAGGGCCCGCUCAUAAAGAUCGACAUGCCCAGGAAGCGCUACCCGGCGUGGGACGCUCACUACGUAGACAGGCGCCUGCGGAGGACUAUAAACAUCCUGCAGUACAUAACGCCUGCCGCUGUGGGCAUCCGCUACCGCGACGGACCUUUGCUCUAUGAACUUUUGCAGUACGAGUCCUCACUCUGACACACGCACACCCAUCCCACACACUUCAGAACACUUGAGCACACAGCACCGUAAAAAUGUACGUAUAUGUGAUCGUGCAGAUUUAGGAGAGACUUAGAAACAUUUUCAUACUCAUGAAACUGAUAUAAGCACACUCGCAUCGAAGCAAUCGCUCUCAGACACGUUGCAUGGGGGGCACCUGAAACCUGCGAGUCCCACGACUCGGCAAGUUCUCACCUUCUCCCCCUCUGUUCAGUCGCUCUCCAUUCGGUCUCAUUCUUUUAAAUGUUGCAUCGCUGUGAGGAGAAAAAAACAGUUACGCUAUUCUUGUCGCGAUCAUCGUGCAUUCAGGGGUGUCCGUAGAAUAAAGCAACGCGAGACAAAAGAACGGGAAGAAAACUUUUACUAGGAGGAGUUGUGAAUAUGUUGCUGUGUAGUCCAGAAAUAGUGUAAAUAUUUUAUGUGCUAAACUGACGUAUUUUAAUGUACCGUGACUUGGACACAACGUUUUGGAGUUGGUUGUUGAACCAGGAGAGGCCGAGCAGGAUUAUCUAACCAAACGUUCGGACAAAUCUGAAGACUUAGCUUUUCAACUUGAAUUAAGCUGAGAUUAAAAAAACAUUCUGGUUGAACAAGGGUAAGGAGCGUCCCUGAGGAACACCACAACAGCAACUUGGCAAGCAGAACUGAAGAAGAGUGACAAAUCUAGCUGGUAACGUUUCAAAUUAAAAGCCUUCUAUUGAGACCUUCAAAUCACGGGAGAGAAAAGACAAAUGUCUCAUGUUCAUGUUAAAAUAAAAGCUAAAGCAAAACCUGAUGAAUCUGCAUAAAAAUAAAUUAUGUCCUCUGUAGCAAAUAAUAAACUUGUAAUGUAGUGCACAAACUAACAAAAUAAAACGCAGAGACGAGCUGAAACAGAUGAAACUGUAAAAAAUCGCAGCUUAUUGGAGAUUUGUAGUAAUUUUUCUACAACAGUCAAAUUUAGAUCCAGCCCAAAGAAAACAGGUCUACUGCCUAAACUCAUUCUUUUUUAUUCAAGGGUACUUUUCCUUCUACUGAGCAGCAAAUUAAUAAAACGUUUAAAUGCACAAAAACUUGAGCAUUUUUAAACGUUUAGGCUAAACUGAAAACCUAAAAACUAAUUAGAGCUAAAACAAACUUUAGCUAACAUUCAGUUCAGUUUAUUUAUAAAGACCAAGUCAC